CCCUCCCUCCCCACCUGCACCACCACCAACACCAACCAACAGGUGGCGAGAGCGAGAGCGAGAGCAAAGAGCUGAGCGGGACGGAGCAGCUAGCGCUAGGGAUAACGCACACCCACCACCAUGGCGACGCCCGGAGAGCAGCCGGCGGAGGUCGUGUCCGUCGAGAUGCCCGCACCCGACGGGUGGACCAAGAAGUUUACUCCCUUGAGAGGGGGGAGAUCUGAGAUUGUUUUUGUUUCACCAACUGGCGAGGAAAUUAAGAACAAGAGGCAAUUAAGUCAGUACCUAAAGGCACACCCUGGAGGCCCUGCUGUUUCAGAGUUUGAUUGGGGAACUGGUGAUACCCCAAGGCGUUCUGCUCGUAUUAGCGAGAAAGUCAAGGUAUUUGAUAGCCCAGAGGGCGAGAAGAUCCCGAAGCGCAGCAGGAACUCCAGUGGUAGGAAGGGUAAGCAGGGGAAGAAGGAAACCCCUGAGACCGAAGAAGCCAAAGAUGCUGAAACUGGCAAGGAGGCAGAGGAGGCCCCAAGCGAAGAUGCCGCAAAGGAGACUGAUGUGGAGAUGAAGCCUGCUGAAGAGGUGAAGGGGGCCUCUGCUGAAACAGAAGAUGCUGACAUGGCUGAUGCUCCUGCACCAGCACCAAUGGAAGAAGAUAAGAAACAAACUGAAGAACUGGCAGAAGCUAUUGCAGCUCCUCCUGUGCCAUCGGAGGAGAAGAAAGAUGUCAAGCCAGCUGAGCCUGAAGCUGCAGCAAGCAACCCAACUGAGGAUUCGGCCCCUGCUCCUGCUGAACCUGCUGAUGUUGCUGCUCCAGCUGCUGAGCCCAAAUCAGACGCCAAACCUGCUGCUGUUGCUGCUCCAGUGCCUGAGACCAAAUCAGACGCCGAGCCUGCUGCUGUUGCUGCUCCAGCGCCUGAGACCAAAUCAGACGCUGAGCCUGCUGCUGUUGCUGCUCCAGCUCCUGAGACCAAAUCAGUAGCCGAGCCUGCUGCUGUUGCUGCUCCAGCGCCUGAGACCAAAUCAGAUGCCGAGCCUGCUGCUGUUGCUGCUCCAGUGCCUGAGACCAAAUCAGAUGCCGAGCCUGCUGCUGUUGCUGCUCCAGUGCCUGAAACGAAAUCAGAUGCUGAGCCUGCUGCUGAUGCUGCUCCAGUUCCUGAGAUGAAAUCAGAGUCCGAGCCUGCUGCUGUUGCUGCUCCAGCGUCUGAAACCAAAUCAGACGCCGAGCCUGCUGCCGUUGCUGCUCCAGCGCCUGAGACCAAAUCAGAUGCCGAGCCUGCUGCUGCUGCUGCUCCAGUGCCUGGAACCAACUCAGAUGCUGCUGCUACUGAUCCAGCACCUGGAACCAAGGCCACUGCCGCCGAUCCAGCACCUGGAGCUCCAGCAGAGAACUCCACCGACAAAGACGGAAGCCAGGAGAGCCAGCCCGUGAACAAUGGACAGCUGCCGCACUCGACGGUGAAGUGCACCUGAAGCCGCAACGCCGGAAAAACCUGAACCCCUUCCGGCGCCGUGUAUCUCAUUUAGGAACAAACAUUCGCAUUCGCAUUCACAUUGUUAUCAGUUAAAAAGUCUAUGGAACGGUAAGCAUGUUAAUUAGUCAGUCUGACGCUGCUGGGUGACAGGUUGGUAAUUAGGCUCUGCAUUUAGCUGUUUUGUAUGGCUGCUGUCGCCGCCAUACAUGUAUCAUCUUCUUGUGGUUGUAUGGUACCUAACCGCGUAAACAUGUUAACCUUAGGCCAUGUAUUAAUUACUCCGCUCUAAUGUUUGUAUGUGUAUUGUCAAACUUGCAGAACCAGUUGCAUGCAUGAAAAAUAAUAAGUGUCUGGGUAUCUAUGGGUGCGGGGUACCCAUCUCCGCACCAGCGCACCCAGCCAGAAACAGCAGUUUGUUUGGAUC